CAACGAGACCGUGGAAGGUGGAAUAAAAUUGGUCCCUGCGUCAAUAGGUUGAAUAUUCUGGAAUAGCUCUGCGCUCAAGAGAGACCAGAAAAACAAAGGAGAGAGCAGCAUAAGCCUGUAACUCUCUAAUUGACGCUUGCCGUUACAUAUUUUUCUUUAAUUAUAAUUAUAAUUAAAUAAAUAUCAGAAUGCAACAAGGCGACAAUUCUCCCAUCGGGAAACGUGUCGCCUCAUCAUCUUUCAUCCUUACCACAUUAGUCUCUCUUUUCUUCUUUCCCGUUGCUGAAUCCACCAACAAUUCUCAGGUUCGAUGUAGCAAAACAUGUGUGGCAGAGAACUGUCACUCACUUGGAAUUAGAUACGGGAAAUAUUGCGGAGUAGGGUGGAGUGGAUGUCCCGGGGAGAAACCUUGUGACGAUCUAGAUGCCUGCUGUAAGAUUCACGACGAAUGUAUAGAGAAAAAUGGUAUGACCAAUGUUAAAUGUCAUGAGAAGUUCAAGAGGUGCAUAAAGAAAGUACAGAAGUCUGGGAAAGCAGGGUUUGCUAGAGACUGCCCAUAUGAUGUAGCUGUUCCAACAAUGGUACAGGGUAUGGACAUGGCUAUUAUGUUUAGCCAACUUGGAAACUCGAAGCUUGAACUUUGAUCUAUUCACUCUACAGUAUACUUGAAAUACUUGUAUUAACCAUUGCUUGUUGAUUCAAUCGUACAACAUAUCUAACUAAUUGUUUAACCAUUGAUGUUAAUACAACAAACCUUUUUCUGUUGUAUUAACCAUUGGUGUUACUCAUCUCUUUUUUGGAGCUUUUCCUUUUGCAGUAGUCCAUUCCAUUUUGUAUUAGUGCCAAAGACGUAGCUAUUCGAUUGUAAAGGUUUAUCCCUGGAGGUUUCUGUAUGAUUCGAAUUGGUCUGAGUGUUCAGUGGAUUUUGAAUAGGUCUGAUUGACAAAUUCAUGUUGAUUGGCUGCUGGAUAAGCUGAGCUGCAUAUUCAAGACACCUGCUAGUUUUGUUGAAAGAUUUUUGACCC